AUGCUGUACCAGAGUGACUCAAAGAGAGACUUGAAGAACAAGCUGCCUAGUGAUACUCAUUCCGUGGGUACUUUUAGCAAUGAAAGUGUGGGUCUUCAGAAACCAGCGAGAAAACUUACAAGAAAACCACCUCCACCAGAAGAUGACCUUGAUUCAUUCAAACUGUCUCAUUCGAAUGCUUCAGCCAAGCCCCAUGCAGUUGCGUUGAAGGAACGAAAGUAUGGCACAAGCAUCGACACAGCUGCCACAAAAGCAGAUAGUUUGGAUGAAAUCAUAUGUACCUUGGAAGACGAAAUUCAUGACAUGAUGAAUUUUCGUAAAAGCUCGCAACAGCGUGUUGAUACCACAAGCGAGGAGGUUCAAGGAGAGCCUAGCGCUCCAGUGAAUGCAAAUUCGAUACGCAAUUCGGACCGAGAAUCUGGAUCUGAAUCCCAGAGACUGUUUUUUAUGGGUGAUCUGGGGACAACUCAGUUGUCGCAAGCUGAUCAAUCAUCCAAUUCUACAUCACACUUGCGGGAGCCAACCCGUAGCACGCAUUCAAAUCCAUAUCAAUUUCCUCCUACUACCAAAAAUGAACCUGUCUUUGAUCAUCAGCUCAGAUUUGGGAACCAGAUCGAUAUGGAGUAUGGAGAACUUCCUACCGAAAAUAUAGCAUCGACCGAACAACAUGAGGCAUACCAAUUACGGCCAACAUCGCUGGUGAGCGUUGAAAGCCUUCACUUUGUUGACUCCGUGGGGGAGCCAAUUCAUAAUGUUGAGACUAAUCACUCUUCAGUACGAAGCAAUAUGAUGAGUGAAAAUCAGUCUCAGCUUAGCAUGAGUCUGACAAGUAAGAUUGAGAGUCAAGAGUUACAAGGUCCUCCGCAUGCGAGCAGCCGGUCGACACACACUUCCAGUCAAGUGUUUGAAUCUGACCCUGCAAGAUUCAAACCUCCUUCUCCUCACUCAACCUAUCCAACUGAGCUCCUUCAUGAAGUGCUCACAUCAGGCUCCAACGGCGGAAAUGUUGCAACCAAUUCCAGUAAUCCAACUUUGGACCGAGUUCAACCCUCCAUUAGAGCAAACUAUUCACACCAGACCCGCCAGCCUCUCAGGAGUGCCCCGACGUUUACAUCUGUUGCCAGCGAUUCAACAUUUUCAAAAGGUCUGGUAACCUCCACCCCUGCAAACACAUUCCAUCGCAAGUCUCUGUCAAUGAGCUCUGUUUUCAGCACAAACUCCAAUCGUCACAUUACAUUAGCAGCAUUGAAGAAGUCCAUCUCUCUACGACCCGGCGAGGGCGAGCGCUCGAAUUAUGUUCAAACAGUGCGACGCAAUGCUGGUACUUCUUACAACGACUUGGGUCCAGAAACUUGGAAACUACCUGUGGGUAUAUUACCAGUUGAUAAGCGGCAGCUCACGCCUUCGAAUGAUCGGUAUAAUAGAUUGCGUGGUAACAGGAAGAAUCAAUCAAGUGGUGUGGGUCUUAAACAUGGCCAUCUUGCUCCCCGACUCCUUGCUACCGAAGUUGAUGAAUCAGAGGGCCUGAACAAAUUUGGGUCCUUGGGAAGAUCGAGCACCUUCCAAAGGCAUGAAGGAAAGCAGAUUACCCCUGUCUCUCUGUCUAGACUGACAUUACCAUCCACCGCUUUAUCUCGAGGAAAUUCAUUAAGGCGUAACAGCAAUGCACCUUCUCGGACUGGCUCAUUUGCUGGUUCAGUUCUGAGCUCGAUUUUGCCUUCAACGACAUCUACUACCCCCGUAAGGGAUUCAGGAUCACAUGUUGACUCUCAGUCUCAUUUGUCGCGGCAUACACUGACUUCAUCUCGUCAUUCUGUCGGCAGUAUUAGUGAAGGACGUUUUACUGAAGGUUAUUAUCAACACCCAGGAUAUCGUUACGACGAAGAGAUGGAAGAAACGGAUCGCUUUAGCCCAUCUACAGACGGUACCAUGCAUCAAGACUUUGAGGAGGAGGACGAAGUUCAAAAACCCCGUUUGGUGCUUGCGAACCCUGAUAGCGAAAGCAGCGAUAAUGAAUAG